AUAACUCUUACUUACAUUUAUUAGGUAAUUAUCUACCUUACUCGCUGACGACUUAGAUAUUUUAAUACCAAAUUCGCAAUGACACUCUUUAAUUUAAAUCUAUGAUAUGCCCAAUUGCGCGAGAAACCAAUCAAAGUCCUCCACACGAUGCCUGCUCCGACAACAUCGAAACCGAUAACGCCCCGGAGGCAGUCGAAACUCAACUUUGGCGCAGCUGGUGCCAAGGGGAAGACACCGAUCGCGAAGAAGAAGCAGCCGGCCAAUGGGAAUAUACUUAACUUCUUCCAGAAAGUGGAAGUAGAAGAGCAAUUAUUCUGCGCUGAUCCCACGAAUGCUUCUAUUGCUACUACUACUACCACCACGCGCCCCGUCGUUGUACCGAUACCGACGUCACCGAAGACUGAAGAGGACGAUUUAUUUGGAGAUGGGGAGUUUGCCGAGGAUGGCAUAGAAGAAACAAGGUCGCCGAAACGGAGGAAGUUGAGCCAUAACGGAAUUGAGAAUAUAUCAAGUGGUCUUGAAAUCGAUCGUAGCGAAAAGUCCGAACCGACAAAAUCUACACCUCCCGAACAGACGCAGGCACGGACAAAACGGACUCGAGCGAAGGGGCCGUUUUUAGUCGACUCCGAUAGCGAAGACGACGAUGUCGAACUACCAACAUCGAGAAAUACAGAAGAUACUGAAAUAACUGCCACAGCUUUAAAAGCCCAAGAUGUAGUGGAGAAGCCAAGAUCAGUAUUCGUACCGAAACUACCAGUCGACGAGAGUUGUCCCGAGAUCCCCGAUAUUCCACCACUUAAACAAGAUGAAUCUGUAUACGAAGAAUUUAAAGACCUCGAUGAUAUGGAUGGUUUAUUCGAUGACGCGGACGAAUUCGACGACGGCGAAGAGUACCGGGAAAGACGAUUUAUGGAAGAGCAGGCAAGGCUCGAGGCGGAAGAGGCAGGGAACUACACUUCAGACGGCAUGAUAGAUGAAUUCCAAGCCGUUGAAGGCGUCGUGGAGACAUGUCCAUUGUGUCAAGCCAGCUUGGUUGGAAUAUCGUCCGAUCAAGCUACGAUCCAUGUAAAUGCUUGUCUAGAUGGCAACCCGAUACCCCUUCCAAAACCGGAAGAUCCGCUGCCCUCAGACACCGUUGAUGCGCCGGAGGUCAGCAAACGAUUUGCUAAAGCCGCUAUUCCUCGACCUGGUCAGGCGAAUCCUAUUAAUCUUGGAACUACUGCGAAUCAAUCUACCUCAGCUUUUAGCAAAUUGAUGUCGGGACAUGCUGAAGAUGCGGCGUGGGCUUCUGCUGCAGCUGCUGAGCAUGCAUCGCGUGGAAAACCUGCGUACCAACGGACAUGUCCCUUCUACAAGAUCAUGCCGGGGUUCUCUAUAUGUGUUGAUGCUUUCCGGUAUGGCGCCGUAAAAGGCUGCAACGCAUACUUCCUCAGCCAUUUUCAUAGUGACCACUACAUUGGCUUGACGGCCAAUUGGUCUCACGGGCCGAUCUACUGCAGUAAGGUGACGGGAAGUCUUGUCAAAAAUCAACUCCGAACUGCUGCGAAAUGGGUCAAGGAGCUCGAGUUCGAAGAAACGGUCGAGAUUCCUGGGACGGAAGGAGUGACAGUAACUAUGUUACCAGCCAACCAUUGUCCAGGUAGUUCGUUGUUUCUCUUCGAGAAGCCCAUUGGCAAGGGACCCAACAAGAAAAAGCAGCGCAUAUUACACUGCGGUGACUUUCGAGCUUGUCGGGUGCAUGUCAACCAUUCGCUACUGAAACCUGAUAUACUCGAUGCUGUCUCGGGUAAGACGAAACAGCAGAAAAUCGACGUCUGCUAUUUAGAUACAACAUACCUCAACCCACGAUAUUCCUUUCCUCCACAAGACGAUGUUAUCUCAUCAUGCGCUGAAUUCUGCAAGUCUAUAUCAGAAGACGCCGGCGCCGCGAAUGAUGCAUUAAACGGAGUACAAGAAAAAGGCUCAGUAAGCAAGUUCUUCAAGAAAGAAAACCAAAACUCCUCAUCCGACUCCAAACCCGAAACCAAGCCUCCCAAAGACCGCCUCCUCGUGAUCUGCGGCACGUAUUCAAUCGGCAAAGAACGCAUCUGCAAAGCCAUCGCGCAAGCCCUCGGAACCAAAAUCUUUGCCUCGGCUGCGAAAAUCAAAAUCUGCUCCCAACUCGGUGACCCAGAGCUCACGGCGCUUAUGACGUCGAACCCGCUCGAAGCGCAAGUGCAUAUGCAGAUGCUAAUGGAACUCCGCGCGGAAACUCUCCAAGAGUACUUGGAUGGGUAUAAACCGCAUUUCACCCGCAUCGUGGGCUUUCGUCCUAGCGGUUGGAAUUAUAGGGGGGCGGGUGGCGCGAAGAAUAUGCCGGCGAAUAUGUCACCCGGAAGUGUUGCCACAGCGAGUAUUCUCCAUGGACCGGCUUGGCGUACCAGGUUUAAGAAAGCGGAUUUAGUGCCCCAGAGGGGGAGUACGAAGGAGGCUAUGUGUUUCGGUGUGCCGUAUUCGGAACAUAGCAGUUUUCGCGAAUUGGCGUUGUUCCUGACGACACUGAGGGUCGAGAAGGUGGUUCCUACAGUGAAUGUGGGGAGUGAAGCUGGGAGGAGACGGAUGAAGGGCUGGAUUGAUAGGUGGCUUGCUGAUCGGAGGAGAGGGGGUGUGGUUAGGGUGCUCGAGGGCGAUGGUGACGGUGAAGAUGAAGAGAAGGAAGAAGAUAAAGAAGGGCUUUGGGAUGGGAAAGAUGGAAAGGGGGGAGGUGUCUGGUGGUAGUCGCAGACACCGUACCGCCGACAUGGACUAUGCGAAGUUGUCUUGGGCACCUUAGUAGAUCGGUGUCCAAGAAUAUUAAAGAAAACUGCUUAAUACGUAUAGAU